CUUUGGUGAAGAACAAUCAAGAGGGUGGUGGAAGUGCCACAAUACUGGUAGCAACAGUAAAAAUAGCUGAGCAAAUGGGAAUAUAAUGGCUGAGGGAAAUCACUUCCACGGAUACUGUCUCCACACAACAAUGGGUGUCAACUCCAGUGUGUUGUGGAAGAGCACACUGAAAGAAAAUGUGACCUUACAGAACGCCCAUGGAUAUUUCAGAAGACACGUUGAAUAAAAUGGAUGGAGGAAAUCAAUCCAUAGUGUCAGAAUUUUUGCUUCUGGGACUUUGUCAUUCAUGGGAUAUUCAGGUCUUGCUCUUCAUGAUAUUUUUUAUGAUUUACCUGAUGACUGUAUUUGGAAAUAUUUUUAUCAUACUACUAAUCAUCAAGGAUACCCAUCUUCAUACCCCCAUGUACUUCUUGUUAGCCAACCUAUCCUUUAUUGACAUGUGGCUUUCCUCCAUCACCACUCCUAAGAUGAUCAUAGGAUUUCUCAGGGAGAACCAGAGCAUUUCCUUUGGAGGCUGCAUGUGCCAGGUUCUCUUUGUCCAUUUUAUUGGAUCAAGUGAGAUGAUAAUACUGGUGGCCAUGGCCUAUGACCGCUACGUGGCCAUGUGCAAACCCCUCCACUAUACCACCAUUAUGAAUCUGCAAAAGUGCAUGAGGCUGGUAGUGAUUGCCUGGAUUGCUGGCUUUGUGCAUGGCAUGAGUCAACUGGUUGUAAUUGCACAGCUGCCUUUCUGUGGCCCCAGAGAAAUAGACAGCUUCUUCUGUGACAUACCACUGGUAAUCAAGCUGGCUUGCAUGGAUUCCUCUAAUAUAGACACUUUAAUAAACAUUGACUGUGGGUUUGUGGCUGUAACCUCCUUUAUUCUAUUGUUGAUAUCCUACACACAUAUUCUUGUCACUGUUCGCCAAAGCUCUAAGUCUGGUACAUCCAAGGCUCUUUCUACAUGCACUACCCACAUCACAGUGGUGGUGCUCUUCUUUGGGCCUUGCAUCUUCAUCUAUGUGUGGCCAGUCAGCACCACAUGGUUGGACAAAUUUCUUGCUGUGUUUUACACUGCUAUAACACCUCUUUUAAAUCCUGCCAUAUACUCAUUGAGAAAUAAAGAAAUUAAAGAUGCUAUGAAGAGAUUCAAAAGCUAUUGCAUGAAUUCCAAGGCUAAUAUUUAAUGCCCAGAAGCAAGUGAGUGCUUCAAAUUGACAAUAUAUUGAUCUUAUAAAACAGGUUGAAAAUUAUGACAUGUUCAAUCAUGUCUACAGAUUAUUACUGUCCUCAGGUAUAAGAAAAAGGAUUUUAUAAAUAAGGACAUAUCAACAUUCCCCAGGAAAGCAGUGUGAUUUUUUUUCUAAAACUCAAAAACUGUUAAUUCUUCUUUGUGGGGAAAUUACUUGAUUAGUUUUCCUAUGCUUUCCACUACAUUAAAGAAACUGAUGCAAUACAGUCAACACCACCAUAGAUCCAAUCUGAUGGACUGCAUCUUCGUAAUUUUUUUUGAAUUAUUUUUAACCACACUAGAAAAAAAAACAUGCUCAUGAAUCACUUACUCUUCCUCUGCAAAUUUCACUUAUCUUUUCACAAAAUGCAAAAAAAAAAUUAUUAUUUUUUCCUUAACAGAGAUUCUUAUCCAAAUAUAAAGGGGGGGAAAUUGAAAGAGAAUGAAAUAAAAGUGGUAAAACACUUAGGGAAAAUGGCAGAGGUUAUGACACAUUUGGUUUUAAUUAAUUCAAUAAAAAUAAUUCAAUCAGUAAUAAUGAUAUUUGCUAUAGUUAUUAACCUAAAAGAAUAAUAUUUUUACUUUCAAGUAUUAAUCAGUUUUGUAAACAUCCCAAAAUGUAAUCUACCUGAAGCAGGGACAUGGCUUACCUAGUUAUUCUUAAAACUAUAGUACAUAGUGCACUGCAAUGGCACUUAGCAACCAAAAUACAUUAAUAAAUCAAAUAGAUACCAAUAUUUUCACUCAUAUGCUUAUAAAAUUUCUUUCUCAAUGUGUAUAGCAAUAAGCUCUUUUGACAUUUCAAAGAAUUUCCUAAUGAUUGCAGGUUAUAAAUAAUAUUUC